UGAUGGCAUAGAAAAAAUAUAUUAGUUACAGCAUUACAGAUAUUAUUUAAUACUACUCUGGUUACCUGUAUUUACAGUUGAGAUUUAAAGUAAAGAUUGGUAAAAAGCAAUGUAAUUUAUUUUCUAUUUGAGUGCAAGUAUCUCUUGACUUUCUACCAUCGAUCCCAUUUAAGAACCUUUGUGUUAGACCAAGCAUCCUGAAUGUGGACAGAAAUGAUGGUCACUUGAAUUGAUCAUCACAAUGAUUUUUAUCUUUGAUUUCAGAAUGCUUUCUGAAAUUAGAAAAGGAGAUCCAACUAGGUUACAAAGUGACUGAUAUGAAAGAACUUGGACUAGAUGAAAGUUGUGAAACCUGAGAUGGAGAAUUGAACCUCAUGUUUCUUGAGCUGUAAUUGGAAACACGGGCACUUACACACAUAAACAUACAUACAUAGUUUUUGACUAUCUACGACUAGACAAGAAUAUGUCACUUGAUCUUUUCAAAUGUGCCUCUGUGAUUGAUGUUAUCAAACUAUCAAAGUUUAUGCCAGCAUGAUUUUUGUGUGAAAGACUAUUAUUUAUUGGUCGUUUUUGUGUCUGGAACUUUUCAUAGAUCUAUGAAAAAGUAUGGAAGAAGUAAGACCCAAUUCUUGAUCUCAGGAAGCUGAUAACGUACUAUUCUUUGGCAGUAGCCAGACAUAUCUGGAUUUAACAGUCACCUCUUUAAUUUGCUACUCGCUUGAUCUUUGAUAAGUUAUUUACCUUUUCAGGCUCUUUGUUUCUUUCUCUGUAAAAUGGAAACAUUGCUGGUUUUUUCUGAUAAAGUCAGUGCUCAGUAAACAUUAGCAGUUUUUAUUAUUAUUGUUAGCCACCCAUAUCAUAUUUUUUAAACAUGAGCUCAACCUUGAUCUCUUUCUAGGAUUUUGAACGUUCCAGAGCCUUUAAUUUUCUGAAUGAGGUAAAGAAGAGAUUUCAAACUACUUAUGGUUCAAGAGCCCAGACAGCGCUUCCAUAUGCCAUGAAUAGCGAGUUCUCAAGUGUCUUGGCUGCACAACUGAAGCACCACUCUGAAAAUAAGGGUCUAGACAAAGUGAUGGAGACUCAAGCCCAAGUGGAUGAGCUGAAAGGAAUCAUGGUCAGAAACAUAGAUCUGGUAGCUCAACGAGGAGAAAGAUUGGAAUUAUUAAUAGACAAAACAGAAAAUCUUGUGGACUCAUCUGUCACCUUCAAAACUACCAGCAGAAACCUUGCUCGAGCCAUGUGUAUGAAGAAUCUCAAGCUUACUGUCAUCAUCAUCGUUGUAUCAAUUGUGUUCAUCUAUAUCAUUGUGUCAAUGCUCUGUGGUGGAUUUACAUGGCCAAACUGUGUGAAGAAAUAAGAAAGAGUAAGUUACCACCAACCAAGGAUGUGUGAGGACAAGAAGUUAAAAGCAAUCCAUGUGACUCAAGCCUUUCACUGCUGACAGAUGGUGUCUGCCAGUCUCUUCACUCUUUUCACUUAAAAAAAAAAUUCUUGUUCUAUGCCUCCAGAUCUGUAUUUGGUCUAACAGCUGAUUUAUUCCA